AUGAAUAACGCUCGCGCUGUUUCCUCUUCGAAUGAAGAAAAAGACCAAGAAGCGAAGAAGGUGGUGACGUUUGUCACCGGAAACGCGAAGAAACUGGAAGAAGUAAAAUCGAUAUUAAAAUUAGCCUCAACAGACGAAGAAGAAGAAGAAGAAGACAACAAAGGAGGAAAAAAAAUGAUGAUGAAAAUUAAUUUAAUCUCACGAUCGAUCGACUUACCGGAACUCCAAGGCGAUCCGAUCGAUAUCGCCAAAGAGAAGUGCUUGUUAGCUUCGAGAGAGAUAGAAGGACCAACUUUAGUGGAAGAUACGAGUUUAUGCUUCAACGCGUUGAAAGGGCUACCCGGGCCGUACGUGAAGUGGUUUUUAGAAAAAACCGGAUUGGAUGGGUUGAAUAACAUGUUGCUCGCGUACGAGGAUAAAACGGCGUACGCGCAGUGCGUGUUCGCGUAUUGCGAGGGCGGCGAGAAGAGCGCGGAGGAAGUGGAGGUGUUCGUCGGGCGGACGAACGGGAGGAUCGUAAAAGCGAGAGGUAAAACGGAGUUUGGAUGGGACGCGGUGUUUGAACCGGACGAACAGAGAGAUGUUGACGAGAAGAAGACGUACGGAGAGAUGGAGAAGGAGGAGAAGAAUGCGAUUUCGCACCGGUUUCGAGCGUUGGAAAAAUUGAGAGAGGCAAAGUUUCGAUGA